AGUCUCCCUAGGAAAUACAUUUAUUGACUGCCCAGAACCAGAUGGCUCCUACAGUGCUCCUGGAGCCCGCGGGCCGCAGCUGCUGGGACGAGCCGCUGCGCAUCACCGUGCGCGGACUCACCCCCGAGCAGCCCGUCACGCUGCGCACGGCCCUAAGCGACGAGAAAGCCGUGCUCUUCCGCGCCCACGCGCGCUACCGCGCCGACGCCGGCGGCGAGCUGGACCUGGCGCGCGCGCCCGCGCUGGGCGGCAGCUUCGCGGGGCUCGAGCCCAUGGGGCUGCUCUGGGCCCUGGAGCCCGACAGGCCUCUCUGGCGCCUGCUCAAGCGGGACGUGCAGACGCCCUUCGUGCUGGAGCUGGAGGUGCUGGACGGCCACGAGCCCGACGGCGGGCGGCUGCUGGCCCGGGCGGUGCACGAGCGCCACUUCCUGCCGCCCGGGGUGCGGCGGGUGCCCGUGCGCGCGGGCCGGGUGCGCGCCACGCUCUUCCUGCCUCCAGGACCUGGGCCCUAUCCUGGGAUCAUAGACCUUUUUGGUACUGGAGGUGGCCUUCUGGAGUACCGUGCAAGUCUGCUGGCUGGGAAAGGUUUCGCUGUCCUGGCUCUGGCUUAUUAUAACUAUGAUGACCUCCCUAAGGACAUGGACAUCCUCCACCUGGAGUACUUUGAAGAAGCUGUGAACUACUUGCUCAGUCACCCUCAGGUAAAGGGUCCAGGAGUUGGGCUGCUUGGCAUUUCCAAAGGGGGUGAACUCUGCCUCUCCAUGGCCUCUUUCCUGAAGAACAUCACGGCUGCUGUCAUAAUCAAUGGCUCAAUGGUCAAUGUUGGAGGAACUUUACACUUCAAGGAUGAGACCCUGUUUCAAGUAGGCACAAACAAAAGACGAAUCAAGGUGACUAAAGAUGGCCUCAGAGACAUUGUGGAUGUCCUGAAUAAUCCUUUUGAAGGACCUGACCAGAAGAGCUUGAUUCCUGUGGAGAGGUCUGACACCACCUUCCUGUUCCUAGUAGGUCAGGAUGACCACAACUGGAAGAGCGAAUUCUAUGCCACUGAGGCCUCCAAACGCUUACAGGCCCAUGGGAAGGAAAAGCCCCAGAUCAUCUGCUACCCAAAGACGGGGCACUACAUUGAACCCCCUUACUUCCCCCUCUGUAAGGCUUCCCUGCACAGCUUAAUUGGUGGUCCUGUCAUGUGGGGAGGGGAGCCCAGGGCUCAUGCCAUGGCCCAGGUGGACGCAUGGCAGCAACUCCAGACUUUCUUCCACAAACACCUGGGUGGUGAAGAGAAGACAAUCUCAGCAAAACUUUAAUUUUUAUUCAGUUAACGUCUCUGAUGCUGAUCUCUUCUAGGAAUACCCUCCAUUGUGUGUGUGUGUGUGUGUGUGUGUGUGUGUGUGUGUGUGUUUAUCUGUUUUAUAUAUAAAUUUAGAGUUUCCCAAAAAGAUUUUUUCUUUUUUCUUUGGAAACUGCAAGCCUUAUCAAUCUGGGAGGGAAGGGACUGUGCAGAAAACAUAAGGUGUGGUAAAAGGUUACCUCUUAGCAUGGCACUGUGUCCUAGUUUGCUUCUCCAUUGCUGUGACAAAACACUAUGACCAAUACCAACUUGGGGUGGAAAGGGUUUAUUUGGCUUACAUCUCCCAGGUCACAGUUCAUCAGGGAGCCCA